GGGGGAGAGAGAGAGAGAGAGAGAGCUCGAGUGUGUGUGUAUAGAGAGAGGGGGAUAGAGAGAGACUGUGUGUGUAUUGAGAGAGAAAAAGAGAGAGAGACGAGGUCUGGCGUCUCCCGGUAGUAAAUCUAUCAGGUCUCGAGCACGAAAACUCGGAGAAACAGACAGGGAAGAGGGAGAAGAGGCCUCGCGGUAAUCUCAUCGUUUACUGGUGACCUGGACCAGCAGCAGCAGCAGCGCGUGAAGCCUUGGAUUAAAAAGCCCGACUAGAAGGACGGAUGGUCGCGCGGACGGGCGGCGCGCUCUGAAGUUGGACAGACUACCGAGGCACCGACAGCAAGCAGCAGCAGCAGCAGCUUUUGUUCCCCCCAUCUCCCCGAACCCCGUGAAGGCAGCGGCGGCACCGGGACGCUGUGCCCGCGCACCCAGACCAUGAAGCUGCCUUGGCUAUUGGCGCUCACGGCGCUGCUUGCUCACGCCGCCACGGGACAGACUUGGUCGCCGUCUAUUGAUGAUGAAGGCUCGACGAGAGACGAGUUCUACGAUGAUGAGGACCUCUACUCGGGCUCCGGCUCUGGCUUUCCUGAGAUCAGUAUGAGGCCCACAUCGGUGGGUGUGUCUUUCACCACGGAAGAGCCCCUCCUCCUCUCCACCACCCAGGCCACCGGGCCCGCCCCCUCUGCCUCACCUGCAGCUGAGCCAAGCCCCAACCCAGAGGACCCCACCACCACCCCACUGCCCACCGAGGCUGACGGAGAGAGCGGUGUGUUCUGGGAAACAGAGAGAGAGCUGGAGAAGGAGAGAGAGAUGGAGGUAGAGAGGGAGAGAGAGAAAGAGCAAGAGAGGCAGAGGGAAGUGGAGAAGGAGAGAGAGAGGGAGAGACAGUUAGAGAGGGAGAGGGAGAGGGAAAGAGAGAGGGAGCGGGUCCGAGAGAUGGAGAGAGAGAGGGAGAGGGAGAGAGAGCGCGAGCGAGAGAGGGAACGUGAGAGAGAGCGAGAGAAAGAGAGAGAGAGGCAGAGACUGCGUGAGCUUGAAAGACAGAGAGAGCUGGAGCGAAUCAGGGCCGCUGCCCAGACCACCGCUGCCCCACGAUCCCCUGCUGCUGUUCCUGUUGUGACCACCAACCCAGCAAUCAGCCCUGCAGAAAGUGCAGUGCCCUCUGCCGGUUCGGAUGACCUGAGCACCACAGAAGAAGAAGAUGUCUACCUAUCACCUGAACCUACAUCGUUUUACGCAGACUUCGACAUGGAAACCACCAGAGAGGAAGACAUGCCCACCACAGCAGAGACCACCCCUGAGCCAACGACAACUGCACCUACUACCACCACCACUGCGUCCACUGUCAAGACCAGGUUCCCCUUCAGGCCCAGGGUUCCCAUGACGAUAGCCACUCAGGUGGUGCCAACAGAGAGAACAACCCGCCCACAGCAGCCCACAACUACACCGGAUGGUAACAAUGACGUGGGUGCUGCAGGACCAAGUGGAGAUUUUGAGAUCCGCGAUGAUCGCCGCAAUGAUCUUGGUCGAGGUAUAAUGCCAGUGGAUCCUGAUCUGAGCGGCAACACAGUGGACGGAGGAAGCUCUGCCGCCCAGCUGCCACAGAAGAACAUCCUAGAGAGAAAAGAGGUCUUGAUAGCUGUGAUAGUGGGAGGAGUAGUGGGUGCCUUGUUUGCUGCCUUCCUGGUGAUGUUGCUGGUGUACAGGAUGAAGAAGAAGGACGAGGGCAGCUACACACUGGAGGAACCCAAACAGGCCACCGUCACCUACCAGAAACCAGACAAGCAGGAGGAGUUUUACGCAUAACACUCGUAUGCCAGAGAGACGCACCGCACACUGAGGGAGAGAGAAAGAGUGAGAGAGAGAAGAGAGAAAGAUACUCUAAGCCCCCUUCCUCCUCCUCCUCCUCCUCCUCUUCUUCUUCGUCGCUUCCCCCUCAUCUGCUCACCUCUCCUCAUCCCUCUCUCCUCUCGUCUCCAAAACACUUGAGAGCGCCUUUCUCUCUGCAGACUUGGAACUUUCUUUUCAAUGAAAACGAAAAAGAGGGAAAAAAAACAAGAAAAAAAAUCCAAAUAUAUUCUGAAAAAAUAACACAUACACACAAGAUGUUUUUAAAGUAAAUGUUGUUAUUAAUAUUCUGCAGAUUCUCUUGUUCUGUAUGUAAUGAUAUGAUUAUUUUGUAAAAAAAAAACCCAAAAAACCCAAAACACAAGCUCUUAACCUGUGUUUUCCAGCACAAAAAAAAGUUCCUCCUCUGUUUUUAUGGAGCAAAUGAAAAGGCUAAAAUGAAAGAGGAGAGGGGCGGUGCAAGCUGAGCAAGACACAAAACAAAAAGAGAGGGGUGGGCUCGAUUCUGCCCCUCACCCCCCAAAAAACACGCAGAGCGUCUGGUUGGCCGCACAGAGCCCAGGGUCAAAGGUGAGAGGAAAGGUCUCUUUUGUGCCUUCCAUCCCUGUGGUGCUCAAAGACGCAUACACACAUCCAUACAGCCACAUAAACACAAGCUUACACACACGCACAUGCAUACACACACACUCGCAUCUGCUUGAAGGUGGCUCUGACCUCUCUCUCUGUGCUCGGCCAACCAGAAAACAGUGCUCAACCCUCGACGUGUUUCACAACAUUGGGGAGCCGCUGUGGAAACAGUGUCUGGUCACAUAGACGUUUGCUCACGCUCACACCGAGCCGGCGGCCCGUCUGCUCCUCUAAGCUGUACAAAGACUAGUUACGGAUAGUAAUAAUAACCAAUAAUAUAUCAAUGUUUUGGGGCUGGGUGGUGAACAAUAAUAAUAAUACCGUAAUAAUAAUAAUAAUGAUAAUACUUAAACGGGAGGAUGUGUAUUUAGCAGUUUAAAAAAAAAUUUAUAUGUAAAUAUCAACGUAUCCUUUCUGGCAUCACUAAUCAUCUGCAUGAUCAUGAAGAGUUUUUAUUCAUCACAUCUGUCAUCACUUUAGAUGAGCUGUGCUCUCGUCAGCAUCAUGCACACACACACGCACGCACGCACGCACACGCACGCACACACACACACACACACACACACACACACAGGUGCAGACAUAUACUUGCUGUGCAUUUAAAUACACCACACAGACUUAUAAAUAUACUGUACAUCAUAUCAUUAAAACACAUAUCAAACCCAUCAUCAUCAUCAUUGUCAUUGUGAUACAAGCGAGAUCAGGUGGUUUCAAUAUGUUAUUGAUUAGUUAUGGAUCAGUUGCCGGUUGGUUUAGAGUUUGGUCUGUUUGUGUAAAAGCACAACUACGUGUCCAGUCAUCACGUCAUCUGAUAACCCCACCCCCUCACACACACACCUUUUGCAUGCCUCACUUUCUUUUUCGUCCACCAUUGGCUCUCUGUUUGGGGAUGGGAGGGGCCUCUGGGAAGCGAGGGGGGCUUUAAUGAAAAACAGGAAGUGUGAAUCCGCGCAGGACGUUGUCCCCAUUCAGUCAACUUUUGUCAUUUAAGCUUUGGUUAUGAGAAGAAACAGACUUUGAAUUAGCGUUUAUGGGGUCAACUUUAACCUGCUGUUGGACUCUUUUUUGGGGAGGGGACAAUGGGGAAAAGGGGUUAGGCUUUGGUUUGGGAAGGGGAAUGUGAGGAGACAGGAGGGCUGUGCUUCUAUCUAAGAGAUUGUAACAAUAACCACACCAGUGCGACUGGGCUAGUAGCUUCUAUUAUACUCAGUACUGUAGAACAAAAAUGCAUGGGAGUCAAAACUAUACUAGUCUGGGUGUGUGUGGAUGCCUGUGUGUGUUUUUGUGCGUUUGAAAGAAAAAGAGGGGUGAGAUAAAGUUGGAAUGUACUGUGGUCAAGUGUGUGUUUACCUACUCCAGCAGUUCUCACGCUCUUCCACAGACAGGUAACACACCUCUUCCACUCCUGUGUGUGUACGUCGCCUGCCCCCUCGCCAGUGUGAGAACAUGGGUGUGUGUGUGUGUGUGUGUGUGUGUCUACACCUCAUCUAAGUGAGUGCUUCACCUUGGUAUUUCACAGCAGACUCUUGUGUACACUGACUAGCCUGUCGACGUGUGUGUGUGUGUGUAUGUGUGUGUGUCUGCGUGUGUUUAGUCUGUUCACUCCUGAAUGAGGGGCAGCUGGUCCCUCACAGUGGCUUUCACACACACUGACUGUCUUUUCACUGUCUGUCUGUCUGCCUGUCUGUCUCUCUGCCGCAGGGCAGACGGACAGACAACACGCCACUUUUUCACAGGCAGGAAUGAUCUUAACACGUACUGUCUUUUUUAAAGUGACUGUGUAAGUGUAAACGUGUGUGUUUGUACCCAUCUAAGCCUGCGUAGCCAAAUAAGAUGUGUGUGUGUGUGUGUGUGUGUGUGUGUGUGUGUGUGUGUGUGUGAGAGAGGGUGAAUUUGUACGUGUGUGAGUGUAGGUAUGCAUGUAUGUGUGUUUGAGUGUGUGUGUGUGUGUGAAGCCCAAUGGAGGCUACACUACUCUAUGUUUGCUGUUCCCAUUCCUGUUUUUAUACAUUUGCAUUUUUUUAAGGCUGAGUUUCUGUCAUUGGCUGAGUGAGCGAGAGGAGGCGGAUCCUCCACGCCACCGCCCUGUCACUAAUCUGCCACUCUGUUCCAAAUAAAAAACCUGAUUGGGUCAA